AUGGCGCGGAUCAAAACGGGGGUGUUUUCGUGGGAGGACGUGCUGGCACAGCGGUACCAAAACAACAAACCAACCGCAUUAUCCUCCCGGCCAAAACGACGCAGCGAGCAUGCAGAAUCGGACCCUGCGCGCACAGACGCAGACGAUCACGGCACAGAAGUCGCGCACGCCGCACCCGCAUCCCAGUCGCAAUGCAGCCUGCUGUCGAAGCUGUCGCCCGAGCUGCGGCUGCUGAUCUGGGAGAUGGUGCUGGGCGGGAUGCGCAUCCACAUCAUCCAGCGGGCGAAUCGGUGCAUGGGGCACGUCGUUUGUCCGCGCACCGCGGCCUGCGAGAUUUGCCAGGGCGGCCGGGCGCCGUCGCCGACACCGACGCAGUCGGCCAUUCUGGCGCUGUCGCUGACGUGUAAGCAGAUAUACUGCGAAUCGAUCCGCCUGCUCUACGCGCUCAACACCUUCGAGUUCAGCAACACAUGGUCGCUGACAUACCUGCACCCGACGGUGCCGACCGAGCUCUGGGACUCGAUCCGCGACGUGGAGCUGCGCUGGGCGUUUCCGGGCCACUGGCUGCCGAGCAAGGACCCGGUCAAGACGGUGUAUUUCUCCGCGGGGCGGCAGCAAUGGGUCGAGACGUGUCAGGCGCUGACGCGCAUGAAGAGCCUGCGGACGUUCUCGCUGCAGCUGAGUGGCAGCUGGUUCUGCGAGCCGGUCGAGAAGAUCCCUGUGUUCUUGGAGCCGCUGCGCGACUUGAAGCUGAAGCAGGGGUGGAAGUUGCAGCUGCCGCGGCAGCCGUAUUACGUCAAGGAAAUGCGGGCCAUCGAUGGGGACUUGCGGAAGCGGGGGAUUGAUUGUUUGAUUCGGGCUGCGUGA